CAUACGUUGAUGAAAGCAAUAUUGUUUGGCUUACUAAUAGCUGUGUCUUUAGCUAACUUUUCAGGAACAGAUGUUCAAGAACUUACUUAAGAUGAUUUUAAGGGCAAAGUUUAAGAUUAAAAAACCUUUUGGGUUAUAGUGGAAUAUUCUUAAUUGAAUUAAGAAUAAAGAACAUAGGUGUCUUUAGCUGCUGAAGCAUUGAAAGGAAUGAUUAAUGUAGGAGCAGUUUAAAAUGGAGAGAAUACAACAUUAAGAGUAUAUUCAAAUGGAUAAGCAAUUGAAUAUCCAGGAGAAUGGGAAGCCUAAGAAAUUGUUAAUUUUGCUUUUGAUUAAGUGAGAGAUGUAUGAUACAUAUAUAAUAAUAAUUAGUUUGCCUUCAAAAGAGUAGGUAAAGUACCAAAGAAAUAAGGAGAGAAAACUCCAGAGCCAUAAAUAGAUGAAAGUGAUGUUAUAGUAUUGACAGAUGAUAAUCUUGAUGAAACAAUUCUUAAUAGUAAAGAAGCAUGGUUUGUUGAAUUUUAUGCUCCUUGGUGUGGUCAUUGGUAUUUAUAUACAAAUAAUAUCAUUAUAGUAAAAAAUUGGCACCAGAAUGGGCUAAAUUAGCAACAUCUCUUAAAGGUGAAAUUAAAGUAGCUAAGAUUGAUGCAAGUGUUGAAGGAUCAAAGGCUAAAACUAAAUAUAAGGUAGAAGGAUUUCCAACAAUCAGAUUCUUUGGAGCAGGAGAAAAAGUAGAUGGUGAUUUUGAAAGUUUUGAUGGAGCUAGAGAUUAUAAUACUCUACUUAGUUAUGCUCGAGAAACUAAUAGAAGAUUAAAACCUCUUUUCUUUGAAUAAUUAGUCAAUCAAUAAUAAUUUACAGAUAAUUGUAUGAAAUCAAAUGGAUUAUGUAUCUUAUUAUUUGUUCCACACAUUUAUGAUUGUGAUUAAGAAUGUAGAGAUGCAUAUUUGAAUACAUAUAGAGAAACUGUUAAACCAUUAAAAUCUAAACCUUUAGUUCAUUUCUGGUCAUAAGCAGGAGAUUAAUAUGAAUUAGAAGAAUAAUUUGGAAUGUCAGGUGCUGGGUAAAAUAUUUUAUUUUAACUUUUUAUAGAUAUCCUUCAGUUUUGGCUUUAAGUCCUAAGAAAUAAUUGUUUUCAAAGAUGAGAGGUUCUUUAACUUCAGCCAAUGUAGAUAGAUUCUUAAAUAACCUUUUAAGUGGUAAAGAAUAAGUUUCCAGAUUUGGAUCAGUUGUACCUAUAGAAGAAGUUAAAAAUUGAUAUAUAUAAUAAUUUUAAAUGU